UGAAAUAUCUUUGUUUUGUACUUAGGUAGUUGGAUGGAAUCACGUUGGGUAUGCGGAUGUGUAGUUGUCAUGCUAUGUCUUGUGUAGAUAUGUGUGUGUGACAGAGAAAUGAAAGUGUAUGGAUGUUUCAAAUGAUGCCAUCGAACACGAACGAUCAUAACCGUACAAAACUGUAUAUGUGGUGCUUCCAAACUGUUAAAUGGGUUCCUGUACUCUUCAUAGUUACGAUCGUCGUGUGGUCGUAUUAUGCAUACGUAAUUCAGCUGUGUAUAUUCACAGUGGUCAACAAUGUAGAGAAAGUGUUUUACCUACUUCUGUUCCAUCUGUUGUUCGCCAUUUUUUGCUGGGCGUACUGGCAGACAAUAUUUACAAAAAUAGGCAAAGUUCCAAGUCAGUUCAAAAUUCCACCUGAAGAACUCCAGAGACUAGAAGAAGCAGGUAAUGUGGAAGCGGAAAACCAAAUUCUGGAGCAGUUUGCACAGAAUCUACCUGUAACCACACGCACAAUUUCUGGAGAUAUCAGAUACUGUGGAAAAUGUCAGCACAUAAAACCUGACAGAACACAUCACUGUAGUGCAUGUGGUGAAUGUGUUCUAAAAAUGGAUCACCAUUGUCCAUGGGUUAACAACUGUGUGGCAUUUACAAAUUACAAAUUUUUUAUUUUGUUUCUGGGGUAUGCACUUCUGUACUGCCUCUUCAUCGCAUUUACAUCAUUGCCUUACUUCGUAAGCUUUUGGAAGGAUGAAUUGAAGACUGCUGGAAGAUUUCACAUAUUGUUCCUUUUUUUUGUGGCUGUCAUGUUCGCAGUUAGUCUUGCGUCUUUGUUUUCCUACCAUUGCUACCUUGUUCUGAAGAACAGAUCUACACUCGAGGCCUUUAGACCUCCGGUUUUUCGUACGGGUGCUGACAAAGAUGGGUUCAGCUUGGGGACAUAUAACAACUUCCAGGAAGUUUUUGGAGACAACAGGAAACUCUGGUUCUUACCUGUUUUCACAAGUCUGGGCGAUGGUGUGGUUUUUCCAGUCCGGGCUCAGCACCAACCCAGCUCAUACAACUCGAUGGGCAGUACACAGACCAGGGACACACAGGAUGGAACAGCAUGUCAAGAAGGUUCAGCAUUUUCAGACUCUCAAACAAGCAAUAGAGGGGAUUACCAUGAUCCUCAUCACCACCAUCCAAAACAGCCUCUGUGUGAUCAUACAGCAAAUUGACAUGCAUUCUUUUCAGCAUUUGAUUAAGAAACUUUGUACCACAUAACAAAAGUGCCAAAGGGAAAUUGCAGGCAAGAUAAAAAUAAACUUUAAAACAUA